CCCGUUACUGCUCCUCUGUGGAAGGAAGACAGACUUUUGGUUGUGUUGGGUCAGCUGCAGUCAGAUAGAAGCAUUUCAGUUUGCAUUUGAUCUUUUCUCUGGCUGAAGCCAUGCGACUUCUUCUGAGUGUGGUGCUGCUAUGGAUGCUGAAUAUUGGAGAGCUUCAGGCAAGCAUUAAAUCUUCCUAUCAUGGCUCUGCACCUGGCAUUUGGGACAUGAGCUACCAGCCCCCGGGUGCCAGCUACCUGUCCAAACCCCAACCUCAGCCCCAGCAGCCCGGCUACCUGUCCAAGCCCCAACCUCAGCCCCAGCAGCCCGGCUACCUGUCCAAGCCCCAACCUCAGCCCCAGCAGCCCGGCUACCUGUCCAAGCCCCAACCUCAGCCCCAGCAGCCCGGCUACCUGUCCAAGCCCCAACCUCAGCCCCAGCAGCCUGGCUACCUGUCCAAGCCCCAGCCUUUGCCCCAGCAGCCCAGCUACCUGUCCAAGCCCCAGCCCUUGCCCCAGCAGCCCAGCUACCCGUCCAAGCCCCAGCCCCAGCAGCCCGGCUACCCGUCAAAGCCCCAGCCCCAGCAGCCCGGCUACCCGUCAAAGCCCCGGCCCCAGCAGCCCGGCUACCCGUCAAAGCCCCGGCCCCAGCAGCCCGGCUACCCGUCCAAGCCCCAGCCCCGGCCUCAGCAGCCCGGCUACCCGUCCAAGCCCCAGCCCCGGCCCCAGCAGCCCAGCUACCCAUCCCAGCUGCAGCCUCACCACCAACCACAGUCUGGCUAUGUAUCCCAGCUGCUAGGCAAUGGGCCCAAGAACCAGGUUAAUGCCUUCCAACCAAGGUCUGGCUCCAAACCCUGGCAGCAGCCUGCUUACCUGUCGCAGCAGCCCGGCUACAAGCCCCAGCAGCCUGGUUACCCGUCGCAGCAGCCCGGCUACAAGCCCCAGCAGCCCGGCUACCCGUCGCAGCAGCCUGGUUACCCGUCGCAGCAGCCUGGUUACCCAUCACAGCAGCCUGGUUACCCGUCGCAGCAGCCCGGUUACAAGCCCCAGCAGCCCGGUUACAAGCCCCAGCAGCCCGGUUACAAGCCCCAGCAGCCCGGUUACAAGCCCCAGCCGCAGCAGCCCGGUUACCCGUCCCAGCCGCAGCAGCCCG